AUGCGUUACUGUUGUGGGCUACGCAGCUCCGACGAUAACACGUUUUUGUGCACCUCCAACGAUGAACUGGGCUUAUGCCGUGGGAGCGACAGCAACGGGUUGUGCAGCCUAGAGGCGUUCGACGUGGGAAACGCGGCGGAAUUCCAAGCUAAGGUGCUCGAUUCACUUGGGGCUGGUAAUUAUUUCAACAAUGGGAACGGGGUGGGUUGUCUCAAAACAGAUACCGUUCCUCCUGUAUACGCCUAUUACUGUUGUAGCAAGGAUGCUGCGGCCGAUUGCAGCGACUGUUAUGCCAACGCCGUCAAGCUCCUGAAAGAUGGCUGUUCCGGCAGGUCUGGAGGAAAUGUCCUGUUUGAUAAAUGUAGUAUGAGGUAUGAGAUUUCCAACUUCUGGAGAAGAGAAUAG